GGGCUCAAACUCCCAGGCUCGCAACUCCGAAGCGAAGCUUCAUCAGCCACAUCUCAAGCCGUCGUUGACAGCGAAAGCUAAAAAAAAGAAGAAAAACCCCAUAAAAUAAAAAUGGCCGCCGCCGUGCAAGCUCUGCUCGUUCUCGCCCUCCUUCACCUCGCCACCGCCACCCCUGUCAUUGGUAAGCAGAAAGUGAGCACUUUCAAUACGGGAUAUCUGGGACAUCCUCUGGUGGGAGGCCUGGGCUACGGUGGUCUAGGCUAUGGUGGUCUAGGGUAUCCCGGAGUGGCAAUUGCAGGGACCUUCAAGCACCGUGCAGCAGCUGGACUCGUCCACCCAUACGGCGGGCUCGGAUACUAUGGGACCCCCUACCACCAUGCCCUCGGCGGGCUCGGCUACCCCCUGGGCCUCGGCGCCGGCGUCGUGGCUCCACACGUGGUCAACAGCAAACUGGCACACCCCGUGGCUGCUCUGGCCGCCCCCCAUUUCCUGCCCGGUGCCGUGUAUGCAGGUGCCCCAUUCGCGCCCGUUGUCUAGGUUGUUGUGGCCGCCCUGCGUCAAUCCUGUCUGCAGCCACUUCGGCAGGAGGUGCUACCUCUGGAAGUGACUCAGGACUCUGGCGAAGAGGGGGCUCGACGAAGAACCUCACGGACUGGCAGACCCGCCGCCGCCAACCGCCGCCACCCUGAAGGGGGGCGUGGGUUCACCACACGCUCAGCCCCCCAGAGCAGCCCCGCUCCUGACCCGCUCGCCCGCUCGCUCGCCCGCUCACCCACCCACCCACCCACCUACCCCCUAGCUCGUCAAGCGCUCCUCAUUAGAUCAACGUUUUCAAAUCCACGAGCCCCGUCGCCUUUGCAAAGUCACAGCUCAGCCUCGGGAGUCGACCCAUUCCUGCCGGAAGCGUUGAAUUUUUAUGUGUCGGUUCGCGAUCUAACGGCGAUGAGAUUGUAGCUUGCGCCAGGCUAGGUGCACUCUGGACGCCACGGUGCGUCGCGAUGCAUCAUGCACCACGCGCGCACGUGGACAUGCGCGUGCGUGAGUAUGCGUGUACGUGUCGCCAAAUAUAAUUCAAGUUACUCGCCGUUGCAAUCUGGCGCAUUGCAAAGUGUGAGUUCAGUUCACCCGCCUAAAUCCAUCCAGUCUAACUACCCAAGUGUUGACUAUGAAAUUCUCAUCGUCGGCAAGAUGGUAUCACUCAGCCAUUCGUGAAAUUCCUAAUCCCUCCCCCCCCACUCCUCUCCAUCAUCCCACGCCAACUUCCUGCAAAAGACGCGAAUCAGACCCUUGAGUGUGAGUGAGUGUGCGUGUGAAUGAGUGAGUGAUUGCGCGAGUGUGCGAAUGAGCGAGCGAGCGAGCGAGCUUGCCGGCGGCGGUCCUUAAAGCUUGUCUUCGAACUUCUUAGCAUUUAAGAAAAAUAAAAAAAAACCAACGAUGGAUUCACGUGACCGGGGAGGAGAAGAAGAAGAAGGAAACUAACAAAUCAGUAUGAGUGAAACAAAUAGAUAUAAUGAAGAUAUUUUAAAAGAACCCUGGGUUUAAAGGAAACAUAAAACUGGUGCUGGUGGGAGCACGGGUGGUGGUGGUGGUGGUGGGGGGUUUCUGCGAUCGGUCUGCUAAAAAUAUGACUCCGUGAUGAACGCUGUGUGAUGCGUUAAUGAAACAGCAAAUCGUAACAGGGCGUUAGGGAUCGACUGUCAGUAACAAAAACUGCGGCGGCCGGGCUCAAUUCAAAUAGUCAGGUGGGAUUGUAACAUACGUACGUGUAUGUGUGUAUGUUGAACUUCUUAUGCACCGUACGUAGCCAAGCACGCUAAUCGGGGGGGGGGGGGGGGGGGGAGAAGGACAACUAAACUAAACUCGACGCAAGGGAUGGGUGCAACACCCCGAUAGGAGUUUGGUUUAUGGAUAGAUGAACAUAUUUGCAUAUAUAUAUACGAACGCAUCUGGCAUCGCAACAUUUUUACGGAGAGUCCAUUAACCCCUUUUUUUUUUGCCUUCGUUAACGUGAUCACUGGCGUGUUAUUUUAACACGGAGGCCACUUUGAAGCCUCAGAGUUGGGCAGUGGAGCCAUUUUGGCCUCCUCUUCGCCUGCGAGAAGCCCUCCCAAAGGCAUCUCCCCGCGUGUGUUUUACGCGUGCCCUUACCCACCCC